AUGCGGACAGCUGCGGGCGCCCGCGCCUUUCGGCUGCGGCUGCUGCUGCUGCUGCUGCUUUGCCCGGCGCUGAGCAUCCCGGCCGAGCAGCCCGGUUUUCAGCCACUUUCGCAUCUGUCUGCCUACGAAAUUACGGUCCCCAAGAGGAUAGAACGAGAACGGCGAGAAGCCCCAAGGCCCUAUAGUGACGGGUUGUCGUUCAGUCUUGUAAUUGAAAGAAAAUCGUAUAUAAUUCAUCUACAAAGGAACAAAGAUCUGGUGUCCCAAGACUUCACAAUUUACACCUACAAUAAAGGUGGAGAUCUGCAAACAGAAACUCCAAAUCUUCAGAAUCACUGCCACUACCAGGGAUAUGUGGAAGGAAUCUCAGAUUCUACAGUCGCCCUCAGCACCUGCUUCGGGCUCAGGGGGCUGGUGCAGAUCCAGAACACCGCCUACGGCAUUGAGCCCAUCGACUCAACUUCUCGCCACGUUGUUUACCGGAUGGAAAACGUGAAGAAACUGCCCAGGAGCUGCGGCGUCCCUCAUCUCGAUGGAAAGUGGGAAACUGCAGAUGCUCAGCCCCACUCAGACGUUUCUCUAAUGGAGAGAAGGAAAAGAAGCGUUCUUCAACAGACGAGAUACGUGGAGCUUUUCAUCGUUGUAGACAAAGAAAGGUAUUAUUUGCUAGGCCAGAAUAAAACUGCAGUCAGAGAAGAGAUGGUGCAGCUGGCAAACCUCCUGGAUAAUAUGUACCUUGUGCUGAACAUCCGCAUUGUGUUGGUCGGCCUGGAGAUCUGGACCUCUGAGAAUAAGAUCCGGAUCGAAGGAAGCGCCGGAGAUGUCCUUGCCAAAUUCGUGCAGUGGAGAGAGCAGAACCUGGUUCCACGCCGGCGGCACGACAGCGCCCAGCUUGUUCU